GCCCCAGAGAUUGAAGUUAUAGGCAAAGGGUCCCAUGAUCCAAUGAGCCUAAGAAUUCUUAUGGCACCACAACAAGACUUGGAGUUCUUCGAAUAUCUUCGAGUCGAGAAUAUGCCAUUUAAAGUUGUCAACGAAAAUGUUGCAGAAAGCAUUCGCAGAGAACAUGCAGUACAGCGUUUGACUCGUUCGCCCCAUGAAAACGUCAUUGAUUUUGAAAGUUAUCAACGCCUCGACGCUAUCAACAGUUAUAUGGAAUAUUUGGCAAGAGAGUACGCACACCAGGUGAACAUUGUGAACUUGGGCAAGUCGUACGAGGGUCGAGCCCUAAGGGCCAUACACAUAUCGGGGGAGAAUGUUAAUGGAGCAUUGUCCAAGAAACCUUUAAUUUUCAUAGAUGCCGGUAUGCAUGCUCGCGAAUGGAUAUCACAUGCCACUGCCUUGUAUAUUCUGCAUCAAUUGGUGGAAAAUUCCUCAUCUCACAGAUAUGAGUUGGAUAUGUUCGAUUGGCUUAUUUGGCCUGUAGUGAAUCCUGAUGGCUAUGAAUAUUCCCAUACAAGGGAGAGAUUUUGGCGCAAGAGCCGACAGCGCAAUGGGGGAACAACAUCAUGUGUGGGUGUUGAUUUAAAUAGAAAUUUUGAUUUCCAUUGGUCACAAGUGGGAAGUUCGGAUAAUCCCUGUGACAUAGACUAUCAUGGGCCAAAAGCCUUUUCGGAACCAGAGGCCAUAGCAAUGCGAGAUUUGCUCUUCCACAUUAACAGCACCUGUCAAAUGUAUUUAACUUUGCAUGCAUAUGGCAAUUAUUUGCUUUAUCCAUGGGGCUAUGAGAGCUCUUUACCUUCCAACUGGCGUUAUCAUGAUGCAGUGGCUCGAAGUGGCGCCAAUGCCAUAAAGCGAUCAUCUGGCACUUCCUACACUGUGGGUAGUAGUGCUAAAGCUCUUUAUGCCGCCUCUGGUGCCAGUGAUGAUUUUGCUUAUGGUGCAGCAAAUAUUCCGGUUGCAUUAUGCAUGGAAUUACCAUCGGGAGGUAAUGGGUUUGAUCCAGCCCCAAAAGAAAUAUUGCCAAUUGUUGCGGAAAGUUGGCUUGGCAUACGUGCCAUGGCUAGAGAAAUUGUAGACUAUCCAUUGCGAAAUAGGGCUAGUGUCUUCAGCAAGGAUAUAAUACGAGAACAUAAGAAAUACUGUUUCAGCAGCGGUUAUCCCCUCAACAAUGGUUAA